GCGGGUUCUCAGGCCUCCCUCACAGCCUUCACCAUCCAGCUGGUAGAGGAGGUUUCGACCCAUACGCAUUCGGAUCUGGAUUAUAUCGAAUAGCUUGGAUGAUCGACUAGGAAACGGUGUAUGAUCUUGCCAGGUUUCGAGAUUCCAACGUUUGUGUAAAUGAAUGCCUUUCUGGCGCCAGAUGUGCUGCGCCUCCAUAACUGAGCUGUUCCCUUACCUCUAGUCUGUUACUCUCAUCCCAUAACACGUCACCGAACCACUUGCGCAAACGAUACCUUCUUUUCCGCCAACGGCUGUGUCACUCAGCAGCCUCUAAGCCGUCAUCCUUUCUCCUUCGGAUUGAAGUUCCCUUUUUUUUACCUAUAGACAAGUCAAUCUGUUGGGACGUUGUUCAGGCUAAAAAGGAUACCGACCAUGGUCUCCCUGCUGCGUCAGCUCGUCGCUGGUCCGCGCCAACAACACGAGGAUACGGGACUAGAUCUAUGUUAUGUUACCUCGAAUAUCAUCGCAACAUCUGGACCCUCACAAACCUACCCCCAACUAGCCUACCGUAACCCGCUUAACCGCUUGGUCUCUUUUCUCGACGAGAAACACGGUGAUGGCUGGUCCAUUUGGGAAUUUCGCGCCGAAGGCACGGGAUAUCCUGAUGAAGCCGUAUAUAACCGGAUUAGACACUACCCUUGGCCGGAUCACCACCCGCCGCCGUUCAGGCUGGUGCCGUUGAUUACUGCUAGUAUGCGCAAUUGGUUGGAUGGGGAGGAUGGAGGAUCGUCUGGGGACAGCAGUGAUACUACGAAAGUGGAAUUGGCGACGCCGGAAACGACAGACGGAAGCGGGGCUGCCCCUGCCGCAAAUGACGGAAACCAAAAAGACAACAACAUCAACAACAACGACAAUAAGAAAGGAGAUACAAACACAGCGGACAAAAACAAACUCGAUCUCGACCGCCCGCGUCAAAAAGGCGAGCGCGUGGUCGUCGUCCACUGCAAAGCCGGCAAAGGCCGCUCCGGCACCUCCAUCUGCAGCUACCUGAUUUCCGAGUGCGGCUGGACCGCCGCCGACGCCCUGGCUCGUUUCACCGAGCGACGCAUGCGUCCCAACUUUGGUAAGGGCGUCUCGAUUCCCAGCCAGCUUCGAUACGUGGGUUACGUCGAAAGGUGGGCCCACGCCGGUAGCGAGCCGGCCAAGAGGAAGAUCUACGUGGACAGACCGAUUGAGAUUGUCGAGAUACACGUCUGGGGACUCCGGCACGGGGUCAAGCUUGCGGUGGAAGGGUUUGCGGACGAGGGCAAGAGGAUUGAGACGUUGCAUACGUUUGGGAAGGAUGAGAGGAUUGUGGUGAAGGGGGAUGCGCCUGGCGGAGGCGGGGUGAUGGAUAUGUUUUAUGAUAUGGCUGGGUACGGCGCCGGUAAAGGAAGCGAUUCAGAAGAGGAGGAGAAGGAGGAAGAAAAGGAGGUUUCGGGCUUGGAUGGUGUGAAAAGCGAUGUUGAUGAUGCUGUAACAGAUCGGUCGACAACGGAUGCGUCUAGUGCGAAAAGGAGUAAGAGUAAGGAACAGGUGGACAAGAUGGGGAGCACGGCGAGCAGUUUGAUGAGGAAGAUUUCGGUGCGAAAGAGCAAGGACCAUAAAGAGAAGGAGCUGGAGGAGAAGAAGCAGAGCGCGCUGGGCCUUUCAUCAGAAAAUGGCAGAAAAGCAAAGACCAUCGCGAUGCCAGAAGCCUCACAAGUUACGAAUAUUCCGUUGGCAGAACAGAACAACGUCAGCAAAUCUACCUCUAACCUCACCCCCAUCCGCUCGAAAACCAGCACCGAAUCCUCUCGGAAGCGACAAAAGCCGGUCCUGGCUGAUGAAUCGGAGCCAGGUGGCCGGGCCGUCAUCUUCAAGCCCAAGAAGCCCAUCAUCGUCCCCAACAGCGAUAUCAACAUUGACAUCGAAAGACGAAGCCGCGCCUCGGCCAGCAUGGGCCUAACCAUGGUUACUGCCGUCGGUCACGUCUGGUUCAACGCUUUCUUCGAGGGCAACGGACCGGAGCAGGAUGGCCAAGCAGACGAUAGCGGUGUGUUCGAAAUUGAGUGGGAUGAACUGGAUGGCAUCAAGGGAUCAAGUAAGAAGGGGACUAGGGCUUUUGAUCGGAUGUCAGUUGUUUGGAAGGUUGCUGGGACUGGGGCUGGGACUGGGAUUGGGACUGGCGCUGGGAUUGGGACUGGCGCUGGCGCUGGCGCCGCUGUUGAGACUGUUGAGAUUGCUGCUGCUGCUGCUGCGCCUGAAACGGCCCAGGGAGUUACGGUCAUCACCCAGCCUGGGGAGGGGAGCCCUGUACCCCAGAUGAAACCUGCGGACUGGAAGGGUGCUAAUCCCGUACAACUUCCAAAGGAAAAGGGAUUGGGUUUGAGGGCGGAGACUACCGAGAGUGCGAGUGUGAGCAAGGCCAGUAGCUUGUUGGAUGUGGAUGUGACGGAGGGAGGUGAUAAAGACGAUGAGUCGUUGGCUGGGGUGAAGACUAGCGACCCGAAAGGAGAGGAGCUUGAUGAAGUUGCUACGCCAAAGGCCUCUGCUUGAAAGUAGAAUUAUGGUGGCGUUAACAUAUCAACUGGAAGAAUUUUAAUGAACACUGUAGGCUACUAGUAGGCAUGGAGGUGAAUUUUGAUAUAAUGUUCCGUCCC